AUGACGGAAAUAGAUUUUUCCGUAUUGGACUACCAAUUUUCACAAGUUGUUGGCGCCAUACUACAAGGCAAAGGGUAUCAUUAUUCACAAGAGUUUCUUGACGAGCUUAGUAACCAAGGAAUUCUUUAUUUCCAUGAGUUGAUAACGACGUUAGCCAAAUUUACUGCUCUUCAAAGAAGAACCCAGCCGUCUUUUAGUGAUGUAGAAGUUACGUUAGCUGAACACGGAAUUAAGGCAUCUGAAGUUUACUAUGCUCAUACGGAUUUACAACGACGAAUAUCCUCGGAGAUAAUUGACACGAUCAAUCAACAUUGCUCAGACAUUUCUAAAAGUUUAGAACAAGACCAUAUUGAAUUUGACGAGUCAGAUCCUUCUCAUGCUUUUAGUAGUAAUGAACAAUAUGAAAUAACUGAAUUGGUACCUCAACAGACAUCCAGACCUCAUUAUAUUCCUGAUUAUUUCCCCGAAUUACCACCAGAUUUCACAUACCAUAGCACUCCUCAAUAUAUGAAGAUGCUUACAGACAUGAAGGAAAUGAGACUUAAGUUAGUGGCCGAAUCUAGAAUGCAAGAGAACUCACUUUAUGUGCUUAUGGACGAUGAAGAAAUACGAUGGAAGGAGAAGUUUGAGGCAGAAUUAGCAGAAAUUGUUGAAGAUUCAGAUAUAGAUAAAUCCAGUGAAGAUGAAGAGCGUGAUAAUAUCAUGAGUGAUUCAGAAACUAAAAUGAAUACUGAUGUGGAGUCCCCUAUUCAUGAAGUAGAGUUAGUUAAGGAGAUUAAGAAGGAUGGGUCUAUCAAAGAGGCUGAGCCAGUCAAAGAGGUUGAGCCUAUCAAAGAGGUUGAGCCAGUCAAAGAGGUUGAGACACCUAAAAUAGUUGAAGCUCUUAAUGGGGCCACUGUACCGGGAGCCACUGUACCUGAAUCUGUUACGGUGGUUACAGAGACUCAGACCACUGCCAAAGUGGAUAAUGCUUUUGACGUGGUGGAAUAUGCAAAAAAGAGAUUAAAUCUCAGGCGAGAAAGAGAAGCAAGAAUUGAAGAAAGUUUAAACAAAAGAAAGAGUAAUGUUUUCAUAAAAGCUGAAAAGUAUUUUUCUCCGUAUGCUGAGCAGCCAGCAGACGACAAGAUCAAGACUGAGUUCCGGGUUUACUUGCAACAGGGGUUCAUAACAGCUAUUAAUUCAAUUCGAAAAGCUGAACUUAAAAAGAAGCAAACUAUAGAAGAGAUCCUAGCAGGGAGAGCCAAGAAGGAAAGAGAAAGAGAGCUUGAACGAGAGAAGGUACAAUUUGGAUUUACAUUUCAUGGAGAUAACGAUACUUCAUCAGAUUCUGAAACGGAGAAUGUAUUUGAUAAUCAAGCCUUUCCAACGUUUGGAUUUGGACACGACGGUGACACCAGAGAUGAAGAACAACAUGAGCAAGAUGAACAUGAGCAAGAUGAACAUGAGCAAGAUGAACAUGAACAACAUGAACAUGAACAACAUGAACUUCAAGGUAGACACGAUCAUAUACUACACAAAGAUGAACAUGAAGAUGGAGAUAAACACGAUUAUGAACAACAACCAUUAAAGGCGGAAAUAGAUCAAGAAUUGGACCAGAACGAGGAAUUCAAUGAUUCAAAUGAAAUAAAAUCAAACAAUUUGGAAAAUCAAAUUGGAUUCAAAACUGUUAGCAUUUUGAAUCCACAAGAUUCUGAUGAAGAUGACUUUCUUGAAGCUGAGCUUGAAAAUGCCAUGUUUGAGCAUUCACAGACAGACGGCCAUCCCAAUAUGAUGGCUCCAGAAGGUGGAUUACAGCUGGAUUCUGAUUCUGAUGUGGAUAUGGAAGAUGUAUAG